AUGGCAUUUCCACAAUUACUAGUUGGCAAAGUCGCCGCCAUCACCGGCGGCCUAACGGGCAUCGGACGGGCAAUUGCCCUCGACUACAUUCGCCACGGAGCCAAAGUCUCCAUCAGUCACCUCGGCGGCGAAAAAGAAACACCACAACUCGAAGCUCUACGUCAAGAAGUCUCCUCCAUCGACCCCGAAGCAUCAACCCGCUUCACAACCGUAGCAGGCGACAUCUCUCAGCCAGAAACCGGCAAAACCUUCGUCGCAAAAACAGUCGAAGCCUUCGGUCGUCUUGAUAUUUUCGUUAGCAAUGCAGGCGUGUGUCAAUUCGCAGAAUUCCUAGAGUACAUCCCCCAUUUCGACCCCAUACAAUCAAUUCUAACAAAUCCCAGCCUCGAACCGUCCCUCCUAAACCACACAAUCUCCACAAACCUCACAGGCGCCUUCUACGCAACCCAAGCCGCGGCCCGUCAAAUGGCCCUGGUCCAGUCGCCCCCGGGCGGCUCAAUAAUCGGCGUGAGCUCGAUUUCCGCGCUCGUCGGCGGCGGCCAGCAGACGCACUACACGCCCACGAAAGCGGGCGUGUUGAGCCUCAUGCAGUCUACUGCUUGUGCGCUGGGGAAGUAUGGAAUUCGCUGCAAUGCGCUGUUGCCGGGGACUAUUCGGACGCAGCUUAAUGAGGAGGAUAUGAAGGAUCCGGUUAAGAGGGAGUAUAUGGAGGGGCGGAUUCCGUUGGGUCGAUUGGGACAACCGAGGGACUUGGCGGGGCCGGCGGUGUUUUUGGCUUGUGAGGAGUUGAGUGGGUAUGUUACUGGGGCGCAGUUGUUGGUUGAUGGGGGGUUGUUUGUUAAUUUGCAGUGA